AUGCAGUGGCCAUGGCGAGGCGACGGCGAUGACCAGGGCAGCCUCAAGAAGAACGACUCGUUGCUGCCCACGUCCAACUACACGCCCAAGAUUACCGGGGCGUCUCACGAUGGCGACUUCGAGAAGGAAGCCCCGGCGCGGCCAGCCUACAACCGCACCACGUCUGCGCAGUCAAGAAGCGUUGCCGAGCAGUACUCGUUCAUGACCCCGGCCGAAACCGCCUCUCCACUGCAGACCUCCCUCACACAUGGCCUGGCGCCGGCGUCUGCCUCAGGUCGCCUCCAUGACUACGGGCCAAACGAGAUUCCUCACGAUCCGCCCGAACCGUUAUGGCUGCGCUUCGUCAAGCAGUUCCAGGAGCCGCUGAUCGUCCUGCUUCUCGUCUCGGCUGGCGCUUCGAUUUUCCUCGGCAACACUGAUGACGCCGUCAGCAUCACUGUUGCCGUCACCAUUGUGGUCACCGUCGGUUUCGUACAGGAGUACCGGUCUGAAAAGUCGAUCGAGGCCCUCAGCGGUCUCGUCCCCAACCACGCCCACCUCAUCCGCGGCGAGCAAAAGGGUCCUUCGUCCGGCUCCUGGCCCGCCGGUUCCACGAACGCCAAAGUCGAGGGAGCGCCCACCGAUACGGCUACGGCCAUCGAGGAGGCAUUGGAGGUGGCUUCUUCCAAGGUCAUGGCUGCGCAGCUCGUCCCCGGCGACCUGGUCCUCUUCACUACGGGUGAUCGCAUCCCCGCCGAUAUCCGCGUGACCAAGGCUGCUGAUCUGACCAUUGACGCCUCCAACCUCACUGGCGAGAACGAGCCGGUCAGGGUCACAGCCAACGCGCGCGCACGCCCUACACCGACGACACACCUCGGCGGCAGCAACAAGCUCGAACCGCCGAGCCCCGCUGGGUCGGCCGUCUCGUCGAACAGGGAGGGCGGGGAUGAUGGCGAGCACAAUGUCGCGUACAUGGGCACUCUCGUCAAGUCGGGCUACGGCCAGGGCAUCGUGUUCGCGACAGGCGGCAACACACACUUUGGUACCAUCGCGACGAGUGUGUCUGGGACGGAGAGUCCCCGUUCGCCUCUGCAGCUGUCGAUGGACGAUCUGGGCUCGCAGCUCAGCAAGGUGUCCUUUGUCAUCAUUGGCAUGAUCUCAUUCGUGGGGUGGCUGCAGGGAAAGAAGUUGCUUGAGAUCUUCCAAAUCUCCAUCUCGCUGGCUGUCGCAGCCAUUCCCGAGGGACUGCCCAUCAUUGUGACCGUCACCCUUGCCCUCGGCGUGCACCGCAUGGCGGGACACCACGCCAUCGUGCGCAAGAUGCCAAAAGUCGAGACUCUGGGUUCGGUGAACGUUGUUUGCACCGAUAAGACAGGCACUCUUACUAUGAACCACAUGACCAUCACCAAGAUGUGGUGUUUCGGCUCCAUCGAGGCUUUUGAUGUUGACUCGGAUGAUGAGGCCACCGAGACAAAGCCCGACGCUGCAACGCUGCGCAUUCUUCGCAUUGGCAACAUUGCCAACAACGGCCGUCUCGCCCGUCAGUACACGGAAAACGGUGCGGCUGCCCGGGCUGUGCUCUCCUCUACGCAAGGCGGUGACAACCCUUCCACGUACACCCGAUGGACCGGCCAGCCUACGGAUGUGGCCAUGCUGGAUCUGCUUGAUCGCUUCAAGGAGCACGAUGUGCGCGAGUCGAUUGGUACACGCAUCGGCGAGGUCCCUUUCAGCUCGGAAAGGAAGUGGAUGGGCGUCACGAUUGGAGGCCAAGGAAAGAACGACAAGGACUUUUCGUACAUGAAGGGCUCCAUCGACCGAGUUCUCGAGGCUUGCGACACUUAUCUCACCAGGGACGGACGGGAGGUCGUGCUCGACUCUACUCGCCGAAAAGAGGCCCUCUCGAUGCCCGCGGAGGAAAUGGAUUCCCGCGGUCUGCGAGUUCUGACCUUUACCAACGGGGCCGUCAGGGGCAUACAAGAACAAGCCGGCCUCCAAUGUCUCUCGAUCAGGCGUCUGAUGCGCGGUGGUGUCAAGGUCGUCAUGAUCACCGGUGACGCCGAGACGACGGCUGCUGCUAUCGGCAGGCAGCUCGGUAUGCCGGUGCCGCACGCAGUCGAACACGGCUCGAGCCAGUCCGCUGUUCGUCCGGUUCUCAGGGGAGACGAGAUCGAGGCCAUGUCGGAGGAGGAGCUUGCGCAGGCCAUGCAGCACACCACCAUCUUUGCCCGCACAAACCCCGACCACAAGCUCAAGAUUAUCCGCGCGUUCCAGUCUCGCGGCGAUAUUGUCGCCAUGACGGGCGACGGUGUCAACGAUGCGCCGGCGUUGAAGAAGGCCGAUAUCGGCAUUUCCAUGGGUCUGCAUGGUACGGAUGUCGCCAAGGAAGCAGCGGACAUGAUUCUCACAGAUGACGACUUCUCGACGAUCCUUCGAGCGAUCGAGGAGGGCAAGGGCAUCUUCAACAACAUCCAGAACUUCCUGACCUUCCAGUUGAGCACGAGCGCCGCCAGUCUGUCGCUCGUCUUCUUCUGCACCCUGCUGGGACACCCGUCGCCCCUGAAUGCGAUGCAGAUUCUUUGGAUCAACAUCAUCAUGGACGGUCCUCCCGCGCAAUCUCUCGGUGUCGAGAAGGUUGACAAGGACGUCAUGAACCGCCCGCCGAGGAAACGGGGCGACGCCGUCCUCACCCGUACUGUGCUCUCCCGCGUCAUGACCUCGGCGGCUAUCAUCAUGACGGGCACCAUGCUCGUCUACCGCCACGAGAUGCUGUCGGACGGCGAGGUCUCGCGCCGCGACACGACCAUGACGUUUACGUGCUUUGUCCUCUUCGACAUGUUCAACGCCCUGUCGUGCCGCUCCGAGUCCAAGUCGAUUCUCCGUGGUGAGAUUGGUCUGUUCUCCAACGUGCUCUUCAACUGGGCCGUGGCGCUCAGUCUCGUGGGCCAGCUGCUCGUCAUCUAUUUCCCUUGGCUGCAGGAGGUGUUCCAGACGGAGGCCCUGGGCUUCUUUGACUUGGUGCGGCUCGUUGUGCUUUGCAGCACGGUGUUCUGGGCAGAUGAAUUUAGGAAAUAUUGGAAGUAUUCUCGGCGAAGGAUAGGGGGCGGGUACAGCCAGGCGGUAUGA